GCCCUGCACAAAGGAAAUUUAUGAGAUCCCCUCUGAUCCCUGAAAUGGCGACACAGGAGGUACAGCUGAGCGAGACCCUAACCCACCUCAAGACGGAGUCGGACACGCUGAAGUCGAAGCUGGAGGAUGAACGGGCGAAGCUGCACGACGUCGAGCUACACCAGGUGGCAGAGAAGGUGGAGGGACUGGGUCAGUUUGUCAUGAAGACCCGGAGAACUCUGAAGGGCCACGGCAACAAAGUUCUGUGUAUGGACUGGUGUAAGGACAAGAGGAGGAUCGUCAGCUCCUCACAGGAUGGAAAAGUGAUAGUAUGGGAUGCUUUCACCACCAACAAGGAGCACGCUGUGACGAUGCCUUGCACCUGGGUGAUGGCCUGCGCCUACGCUCCCUCUGGGUGUGCUGUAGCCUGUGGUGGUCUGGACAACAAAUGCUCUGUGUAUCCCCUGUCCCUGGACAAGAAUGAGAACUUGGCUGCGAAGAAGAAGUCAGUGGCCAUGCACACAAACUACCUUUCUGCCUGUAGCUUCACCAACUCAGAUAUGCAGAUCCUGACGUCCAGCGGUGAUGGAACGUGUGCAUUAUGGGAUGUUGAGAGCGGGCAGCUGCUGCAGAGUUUCCAUGGACACGCAGCAGACGUGCUCUGUCUGGACCUGGCUCCCUCCGAGACCGGAAACACAUUCGUUUCAGGGGGUUGUGAUAAGAAGGCCAAUGUGUGGGACAUGCGCUCAGGACAGUGUAUUCAGUCCUUUGAAACUCAUGAAUCGGACAUAAACAGUGUGCGAUAUUAUCCCAGUGGAGAUGCAUUUGCCUCUGGCUCAGAUGAUGCUACAUGCCGCCUGUAUGACUUGAGGGCAGACAGAGAAGUGGCUAUCUAUUCCAAAGAGAGCAUCAUAUUCGGGGUCUCCAGUGUUGAUUUCUCUCUCAGUGGCCGACUUCUGUUUGCCGGCUACAACGACUACACCAUAAAUGUUUGGGAUGUUCUCAAAGGAACACGGGUUUCAAUUCUGUUCGGACAUGAGAACCGUGUCAGUACGCUGCGAGUGUCCCCUGAUGGGACCGCCUUCGCCACAGGUUCCUGGGACCACACUCUGAGGAUCUGGGCUUAAGGAUGAAGACACAGAGGAAUAAGUGGUACACAGACCUACUGAAGACACACCAAUGUUUCUGUUUGCUAGAGUACAAUCACAGAGAUAGAGACUCCAUCUUGGUUGUACAUAGAGCAUAUUAAUAGCAUUGUAUAUACUCCAGUCUCCUGGCCAUGGUAGAUUUACAUAUUUCAGAGACUAAUUAAACCAAAUGGCACGCUUGUAUUACAGUAUGAUUGAAAGAAAAUUGCACAGAAAUACUUAUGGUUACAACAACUCGAGAUGUAAAAUGUAAAUUGUAGAAACUAUAAUUGGUAGUGACUAGCAUCAGUCUAGGAUAGAAGUGGCACAAUAAAGGGAUGUUAUGUAUGUUACCACAAUUACAUGUAUAUUUAUUUGUUUUUUGCACAAAAAAAAUUGGAAUGCAAUCUGUGAAAGAAAAUAAGAUGGGAGGAAGUAAAAUUACAUCUGCAGGAGAAGCAGUGAGGUUUAUAUGAAGCCCUCAGAGCUUCAGCCAUCAGUCGUAGUCAUAGUGAGAGGUAGGGAAUAUGUGGUUUCUGUGCAAAUGGGAAAUAUUGGAAAAUCUAGGAUAGUAGUGAUGAUUUACUUGUAGUGAGUCACUAUAACUUUGUCUGCAGCAAUUCAAAAUAACAUUCCAUAUCAGUGAGCAGUGGCAUCAAAUAUUAUGACCAUAAGUGCUAAUAUUUAGUUUUUCAAAGAUGGGGAUGGAGAGCAAAUUCAGGCAUCAUUAAUUCUCCAACUUCUGCUUUCUCUACAGUAACUCACGUGCCAAUAUUGAUGUAUUGUAAGAAAGCGGAUUUUAAGGUAAACUUAUGAUAGAUGUCUUUUAUUUUCAUUCAACCCGGUGAUCUUAAAGAUGCAGCUUACCCCUUCCUGCUGUGGAAGCCACUCACUACUGCUCCAUGUGCACAUUGAGUCACUGCAAACACCCUCAACCUCUGAACCUGUGGUCCCCCAGUAGAUAUCUAUAUACCAAUAUAUGUAUAUAUAUGUAUUAGAAUCUAAUAUAUAUAUAUUAGAAUCCUUUUCAUGCAGUUGUCAAAUGGCUGUAAUUUCAUAUUUACUGAAAUUAUUUAUUGUAGUUAAGUGUACAGUUAUAAAAGGGACUGUUUAUCAAAAUA